UCAGAAGACUCAUCCUGGGGUGGCUGACACGCUGUUGGCUCCACCCAGCAUAGGAGGAGCACCAGGUGUCCACAGCCUCCAGAGACACACACAUGCAGGUGGCCUCCAUGGAGCCUCUGUACCCUUCCUUCACACCCAGCUGGAACACCUCGGCUGCCAGCCCCGGAGACAGCCACAAUGGGACUCCCGUAGGGGCAGCACCAUCAGCAGGGGCCCGGGCCAUCCUGGUGCCCUUGCUGUACCUGCUGGUGUGCACUGUGGGGCUGGGUGGCAAUGGGCUGGUCAUCUACGUGGUGCUGAGACACGCAAAGAUGAAGACGGUCACCAACGUGUAUAUCCUCAACCUGGCCGUGGCGGAUGUGCUGCUCAUGCUGGGCCUGCCCUUCCUGGCCACACAGAACGCUGUGUCCUACUGGCCCUUCGGCCCCUUCCUGUGCCGUCUGGUCAUGACGCUGGAUGGCAUCAACCAGUUCACUAGCAUCUUCUGCCUGACCGUCAUGAGCAUCGACCGCUACCUGGCUGUGGUCCACCCGCUCCGCUCUGCCCGCUGGCGCCGCCCACGAGUGGCCAAGCUGACCAGCGCCGCUGUCUGGGCCUUCUCGCUGCUCAUGUCCCUGCCACUGCUGGUCUUCUCGGACGUGCAGGAGGGCUGGGGCACCUGCAACCUCAGCUGGCCAGAGCCUGCAGGGCUGUGGAGUGCGGCCUUCAUCACCUACACGUCUGUGUUGGGUUUCUUCGGGCCGCUGCUGGUCAUCUGCCUCUGUUACCUGCUCAUUGUAGUGAAAGUGAAGGCUGCAGGCAUGCGCGCAGGGUCCUCGAGAGGCCGGCGAUCCGAGCGCAGGGUAACCCGCAUGGUGGUAGUUGUGGUGCUGGUCUUUGUGGGCUGCUGGCUGCCCUUCUUCAUCGUCAACAUUGUCAACCUGGCCUUCACGCUGCCGGAGGAGCCUGCCUCUGCUGGCCUCUACUUCUUCGUAGUGGUCCUGUCCUAUGCCAACAGCUGUGCCAACCCGCUGCUUUACGGUUUCCUCUCUGACAACUUCCGCCAGAGCUUCCGCAAGGUUCUGUGCGUCCGUGGGAGCUACGGGAUGGAGGACGCUGACGCCACGGAACCACGGCCGGACAAGAGUGGCCGGCUGCAGGAGGUCACGCUGCCUCCUACACGCAGCUGCCAGACAAACGGGCACAUGCAGACCAGCCGGCUAUGAGAGCUGCCUGGGUCUUUCAGGGACCGCCCAGUGCUAUCUUCCUGGUGGGAGGGUGUGCUGAGGCGCCUAUCCCUGGGCUGCACCUCAGGAACUCUUUAGCAGCGGCAUAAAGAAAGGAGCUGCCUGGGGCACAGCCAUGGGUGGAAUCCUGCAGUGAGCCUGUCAUUCCACCAGCCCCUCUCUCUAUGUGGACUGGUUCUGGAGCCUUGGGGGAGUCAGCUAUGUCCCCAGAAGUGUCUGGCAUCUUCUGCUCCUGUCCUAGCCUAGCCUAUCUCAGCCUGCAGGCCGUGGGAGCCAGCAGAGGUACACUUCCUGACCAUCGGUAUGAGGCCUUGCUGCAUGUGCCCUUCGUCAUGGGAGCUCUGUGUCACCUGGUCAGGCGCCAAGUGCUACUCUUGAGAAAUGAAAGACUCGAAUGCACUCUGCUCUGGCCUCCAUUCCCUGGAGAUCCCAGGGGCCAGGCAACAGCCCCAGGUCCUCACUGGCCCUGAGACUAUGUGGACAUUGGGGCAGCAGGUGCAGCACCGGUAUUCCCUGUGGUUCCCAGAGGGAACACUGUCUUUAGGGCCCUACCCUCCUGUCCACGUGGCCCGGCGGUGGGAACUGUGGACAGGGCAGGCAUGGAGAUGGCCAACCUGGGGAUGAGUUCUGUCCAGGUGCCAGCAAGGCAAGCUGGGGUUAAGAGCCCUGCUGGAGGUCAAUGUUUGAAGGCUGUGAGGACCCUGCUGGGUCAGUCAGGAGCUCUGGCCUGGAGAAGGAGCAGGACAAGCAGACAGGUGGGGGUUGGGAGAGCUCUGCCUUCCAGCAUAAAUAGCAGCCUGGGAGGAAGGUACUGUGUGGAUGGAUGCAAUGCCAGCAGGUAUGGGCCCUGAGAAUCCACCCCCCGGGACUGUUCUUAGCCCAGGACAACUUCUCUCCUACCAAGGCCAGGAGUGAAUCCCUGUGCCACCACCUUGCUGGGCCCCCAGGAUACCUUGACUUCUGUCUGUGGCUGGAAAGAGGAAUCGGCUCCACAGUCCUCUGCUCUGGGACAGCCCUACCUGACACUGCCCAGCCCCGCUCCCCCACCCCAGGAAGAUGCAGGGGACAGGGCAGGGUAAAGCCAAGCCAGUGCUGCUGAGUCUCCAGUGUGACACCCAGACGGCCGAUCCUGGAACAUGUUCUGCGAACCAAAGGCGCUUGUGUUUGACAACCUGCUCCCUGAAUAAA